AUGGUAGACAAGUCAAUGAAGAAGCCAUAUGGCUGGGUAGAGGAUAUCUUUGUGAAGGUUGAAGACCACUACAUCCCUGCAAACUUCAUAGUCUUGGACACUGGGGAAGAAGAAGAUGACUCUGUCAUCCUUGGAAGACUUUUCCUAGCUACUGCCAAUGCUAUCAUUUAUGUUUUAAAGAGAGCUGCUAGGCUUUAUGCUGCAAGUUGGGUUCAUGACAUUAGUCCUGAUCUUCGGCCAGAACAUUGUAAGAAGGAUGAAAUGACCGCUAAUGGUAAAAAGAAACCUGCUACAAGAAAAAGGCCUUCAACACUGGAGGAUCUUGGUACCAUCUCUGUCCAAAGUUUAUAUUAA